CAGGUAAACUGGUAAAGGGUUUGCUCACCCAAAUUUCAGUUCCCCAACCUUUCCGACGCAGCGGCGCGCGAGCGUCCCGGCGAUCGUGAGCGGUCGACGGCUUGCUUCCGGCCCCGACCCGCUCCUCCCUAGGUCAACAAUGCCGCUCGCCGCCACUCAAGAGGGAGAGGCGUCGGGGUCCAGAGCCCCUAAGCCCCGACGCGGCCGCAGCUCCACCGGCGCCGCCGCUCAAGAGGGAGUGGCGUCGGGGUCCAGAGCCUCUGCGCCCCGCCGUGGCCGCAGCUCCACCGGCGCCGCCAUGCCCACGACGACGGCUCGGUCCAUGGCGCUUGUGCGUACGCGGCCCCAAUCCUCGGGCUCCCAAUCGCCACAAAGAAGGAAUAGGAAGGGGAGGGCGGCUGGGAACCAGAGAUCGAACAAACGCAAGAGGACCAGGGAGGAGAAGGAGGAGGAUGAGGAAAGGGAGGAGGAGGAGGAGGAGAAUGAUGAGGAAAGGGAGGAGGAGGAGGUCUCGUCAGCAGGAAGCUCCCCCCUUCGCGAGCUCCACGUACCGGAUGAGAUGUAUGAUCUUGACGAAAGUGUAUGGGAAACAAUUAAGAAAGCGCGAGGCGAUAUCAAGGCAAAGCUAGCUCGCCGCAGGGCAUGGCCCACGCUUAAUACACUCAUGAUUAGAGGUUUCAAGUGCGUGCUUGAUGAUCCAAAUUUGGUUCCUGACCGUGAACCUGCAAGAAAGGCGGUGCUUUAUGCUGCUCAAUCUGUGGUUGGACUUACAUCCACUGUUGAUGGUAAGCCGCUAGCACGAUGCUGUGGUUUCUGGGUUCAUUGGGAUGAGAAGAAUAAGAUUGGCACGGUUUUGACAACAUCACGUCUAAUUUGCACCAAGUCAUCGUCCAUGAACGCCUGGUUAGGACAAGAAAAGUAUGAUAUUGAUGCUGAGGUUCUUGUUCACCUGCGGGGUAACACCACCGAAAAGGCCCACCUGCAGUAUCUUCAGAAGCACUAUGAUUUGGCCUUUUUCAGUGUUAAAGUAGAUCAGCCUGUCCAUAUACUGCUUUACAAUGAUGGUGUGAAACACGCUGACAAAGUUUUUGAGCUUGGAAGAGAUGAGAGUUCGUUUCUACGGAUAAGCCAUGGUGUGGUGAAAAACUCGAAACCAAACUUGCUUCAAAGAUAUCACUAUAUGCAUGUAGAUGGUGCAGACCUACAUGCUAAGUAUGGCAAGGGAGGGCCACUCAUUGACUUUGAUGGAAAAAUUGUGGGAAUGGUCAAUGGCAACACGAGAGGGUCAUUUAUGCCAUCUUCCAUUUUAGUCAAGUGCUUGCAGCUAUGGAGGAAAUUUCAGUGCAUCCCUCGGCCUCACCUUGGAAUGAAGUUUUGGUCAAUCAAGUUUGUAGACAUUGCCCUUGCUGAGAAUAUAUUGUACAUGUGCAAUAUUGAUGAUGGCCUAAUUGUUAAAGAGGUGUCAGAAGGCUCUCUCGCUGAAAAACUUGGAAUACGAGACGGUGAUGUCAUCAGAUGUGUUAAUGGAAAACACAUCUCUACUACAGUUGAGUUAGAGAAUUUGUUGCUGGGCAUAUGCGAGGAUGAGAGUGGCAACCUUAAUUCUAAAGUGAAUGUUGAGCUUUGGGUAUUUCACAUACGCAAGUCUCUCUGGAGAAACAGAACAUUAACUGUAAAUGUGUCUGAUGAAGGUGAAGUUGUUGCCAAAGGAGCUCGUUAUCCUUUUGGAUCACCAAGUGGGCCCACUGAAACACCAGGAUCGAUGCAGACUUGAGGGCUUGAGGGAGACACCAUGGUCGAUACCGAAUCGCUUCGUCACAUGCUAAUGAUGAAUUUAGGGAGUUCAGGGCAGACAUGGUUUUGGUGAAGGACGAGUGUGAAACCUCCAAGUUUCUGCUAAAUGUCGUAUUCCUUUUGCAUGAAUAUGGCAACUUGUCAUGUGAGCUCCCCGUGACUCUGCACAUUUCCAGAUGUUGGUUGAGAUCUGACACUUGAUGAUAGACGAAUCCGCGAAGCAUGAGAGACAAGGCAGCGAUUGUUUAUACACUUUAUUGUCGCAUUUUUCUUGGGGCAUCAAAGGAAAACUCAGAAAAGAGCUUUAGGCUACGGAAAAUGCAUGAGUAAACUCCGGUGCUUUUCCACCCUA